UGGCAUCUCGACUCAUGUUAGGCCAUAGAUGGAAUUAGAAACUUGUCAGGACGUAACGGUGUGAGAAAGAGUAAGGGAAGCCGUGUUUAGAGCAAAACGAUCGUUUGAAAUAAGAUCAGCCAAAAACAUUUCAAGUUACAGAUUUAUCCAAGGUUUAGAAAUUACAUACGCUGUAGUUUUCGAGCGUUUAAUUCAGAGGUGAGUAUUGUGUGUUUCUUGAUGGUGGGGUGGGGGGGGGGUUAGUGGGAUCCGUAGGUGUGCAUAAAAAUAAAUUUUAUAUUUUUAAUUUUUGCCGCUUUUUUUAUUUGUUAUUUUGGCUGUUUUUUGUGUGUUUCUGUUGUAGUUUUUUUUGCUCUCGGCUGUUUCAUUGUUAUCGUUUUGGCUGUAUCAUUACAUUUAGCUUUUCCAUGCAUGCAAUGAAAAAUUUUGGCUGCUCUAAUUCUUGAGAUCCUUUGUGCCUCACUGUAAUGGCCAGAGAUCCCUAUGACGUCACUAUAUAAGGUCAAGAUUAAACGUGCUAGGGCAGUGUGUUCAAACCAAAAUUGAGAUCAUAUCCGGUGGGUCCAAGCAGAGGCGUAGCAAUGGGGAGUGUGGGGUUGCGGAUAGAGACCGACCGAAUUUCGGCUUCGGCUUCGGUUUCGGCGCCGAAAGUGGCCAUUUUAUCACUUUCGGCCAAGUUUCGGUUUCGGCCGAAACUGAAAAGUUAACUUUCGGCUUAAUUUCGGUUUCGGCCGAAAGAGAAAAGUUAACUUUCGGUUUUUCUUCGGUUUCGGCCGAAAGUGACUCAGUUUUUCGGUCAUUUUAAUACUCAGUGAAAGCGAUAUUUAAAAACAAACUAAGCCACAUUUAAGAACAAAUUAAGCGAUCUUUGAAAACAAACUAAACGAUAUUUAAUAACAAACUAAGGGACAUUUAAGAAUAAACUAAACGAUCUUUAAAACUAACUAAGUGAUCUUUAAGAACAAUCUAAGCGAUCUUUAAUAACAAACUAAACGUUCUAAUAGAACAAACUAAACGAUUUUUAAGACCGAACUAAAUGAUCUUUAAGAACAAAACAAAUGAUCUUUAAUAGUAAACUAAAUGAUUUAUAAGAAUAAACUAAGCGAUCUUUAACAGAAAACUAAAUGUUCUUUAGGAAAAAACUAAAAGAUCUUUAACAACAAACUAAUCGAUCUUAAGGAACAAAAUUAAUUAUCUUUAAGAACAAACUAAGCGAUCUUUAUGAAAAAACUGAGCGAUCUUUACAACAAACUAAGCGAUCUUGAACAACAAACUAAGCGAUCUUUAUGAACAAACUAAAAGAUCUUCAACAACAAAACUAAGCGAUCUUUAAGAACAAACUAAUCGAUCUUUAUGAAAAAACUAAGCGAUAUUUACAACAAGCUAAGCGAUCUCUAACAACAAAUUAAACGAUCUUUAACAACAAACUAAAUAAUCUUUAACAACAAACUAACCGUUCAAUAACAACCAACUAAACGAUCUUUAAAAACAAAUUAAGCGAUCUUUUAGAACAACAUUUUUUAGAGACUCUGUUUAAAUAAAAAUAUUUUGCAUUAAUUUCCCCCCCCCCCUUUCCCCCCAAAUUUUCUCCUACCAUACUAAUUUAAAAAAAAUUGUAAAGCAAUUUAAAUUAUUUUUAUAUUAAAAUGGUAAAAUCCUAAGUAUUCUUAGAUCAAGGGUCUCAAACUCAAAUCAUAGGGGGAAGAGGGGGGGGGGGGCACAGGAGGUAGUGUCUGAAUGAGAGCGGGCACUGCUCAACCUUUAUAAAUAGAAAUAAAAUCACUAAGGGUUCUCAAGAACUACUCACUGUUGCCAGAGACCUGGCAUAAAAAGAUAUAUAGAAACAUUAAAAAAAAAAAAAAAAAUCACAAUUAGACUAGUCGGUGAGAUUCGACUGAAACCGUCGCCGAAAGUCACGUUAUAGAUAUGAGAAUGGGGGAAACGGGCCGGCGCAUUUACACUAAACUUUUCUGUCAUGUAGCGGGCCGCAAAAUAUCGUCUAGCGGGUCAAAAAUGGCUCGCGGGCCGCGAGUUUGAGACCCCUAUAUUAGAUGUUUAUUUAUUAAUAUUCACGAUUAUCUCAUUUUUUAUAAAAAGAAUGUAAAUAUUUAUACUUUCCCACAUCAUUUUGGAUGUAUGCAGAAUGUAUGCGGGAACGAAUUUCAAAAUAUCUUAAUAUUUCAUUUUCGGCUUCGGUUUCGGCCAAAAUUCAUUUUUAACUUUCGGUAUUUUUUCGUUUUCGGCCGAAAGUCAUUUUAAACUUUCGGCCUAUUUUCGGCUUCGGCCGAAAUCAGAAAAUCACUUUCGGUCGGUCUCUAGUUGCGGACCGCAUAGGGUGACGGUAUCUCAGGGAAGACACCAACUUUAAAAACUGCUUUUCUACAGAGCACACACUGCUCGGUCUCAGAGGCGUAGCAAGGGUGUUUGGCGCCCGGGGACAAGAUUCGCGCCCGGGGACAAGAGCCAUUUUUAAGCGCCCCUUUUUCUUUUUUUUCAACUCUCAAUUCCAUUAUUUCCAUCUAUAAAAUAAUAUCAAAGCACAUUUUUGCGCACCUAACUUGCUGGCGCCCGGGGACACCUGUCCCCCCUGCCCCGCUCCCUCGCUACGCCUCUGCUCGUUCUAACCGAAUUUCAUGAAAUAAAUUGAUUCAACGCCGAUUUAAGUGUUCGGUAACUUCCGUAAGUCAGUGACAACAUGCUAUAUUUAUCUUAAUUCUGAGAAAUAGAGCUUUCGUUGGAUAAGAGUUACGAUGUGGUCGGGCGAUUUCGAGUACAUGAACGGAAUCGGUAAAAAUAAAAUACACCAAUAAGGACUUUUCACCCACUUUUAGGGUAGGCUAAACAAAAUUAUAUUUCACAAAAUCUCCUAAUAUCCUUUGAUCAUUAAUUUACAUGUAUUUUCAUUUUUUAUAUGGGUUUUUGAAACCAAAAAUAUCGAAACGCAGAAUUACUCCAACAUUAAUAUUUUCUCCUAUUCGUCACUAGCACCACCCUUCAACAUUUGAGAACCAUUGAUAUGUUUGCAGGUUGGAAGACCAGGAACGGAACAUUUCAAAUAGAGUACAUAUUUUGUAAAAAAAAAACAAACUAUAAUUUAACGUUGUUACAGUUCUUACAUCCAUUGACCUCCUUACCUUCGAUUACUUUGUUUUUGCUCUUGUCAUUGUUAGAAUGGGAACUUAUUAUAACAAGAAGAAAUCGUUCGUGGAAGUCAGGGGGGGGGGCGGACACCAUGAGUUUAUCGCACCGGGUGACACCAACCCUAGCUACGCCACUGGGUGCAAGUGUUACAAAAAGAAGGAGGUAUCUUUACAUUUUCUACUCGAAUAUAUCAUCCGAUGUUAUCGAUAGAAUAAUGGCAGGCACUUUGUCCUUAUUUCUACCUGCUAUUGCGAACACUCAUCACCAUUCCUUUUUUUUUAAAAAACAGGAGUAUCUAUGUAAUAAUGUCUACGUUUCUAACAUCAUUCAAAGAUUUCAGAACUAUUUUUUGAGAGAUAUUAUGCACCUACCCUACCCUACCCUUUUUUUGCGCCCCUGAACUAGAGACCGAGCGAAAGUGAUUUUCUGAUUUCGUCCGAAGCCGAAAAAAUACCGAAAGUUUAAAAAUGACUUUCGGCCGAAACCGAAAAAAAAUACCGAAAGUUAAAAAUGACUUUCGGCCGAAACCGAAGCCGAAAAUGAAAUAUUUAGAUAUUUUGAAAUUCGUUCCCGCAUACAUUCUGCAUACAUCGAAAAUGAUGGGAGAAAGUAUAAACAUUUACAUUCUUUUUAUAAAAAAUGAGAUAAUCGUGAAUAUUAAUAAAUAAACAUCUUGUUUGGCCAGAAAAACAACCGAAAGUUAAUUUUUUCUCUUUUGGCCGAAACCGAAAUUAAGGCGAAAGUUAACUUUCAGUUUCGGCCGAAACCGAAACUUGACCGAAAGUGAUAAAAUGUCCACUUUCGGCGCCGAAACCGAAGCCGAAAUUCUGUUGGUCUCUACCCUGAACUACAUUUUUUUCCCCUUCUUAACAUUACCAAAUGUAAUUGGUCACUAAUUAAAUCAUCAUUGUCACUAAACGAGGUCAUUGACAGCUGAGUUCUACGCCAGAGAAAUAUUUUAGAUGGCAUGUGUUUUAAAGUAUUAAACGUUGGGCCUACCCUAACACUUUUCGUGCCCCCGAACUAGCUCUAAACAUUGUGAAAACGUAAUUUUAAAUUUACAACAAAAUCUUUAUAUACCACUUUAAAUAUCUUUCAUUUUAACGGAAUUUGAAGGGAAGCCUGGUUGGCCAAUAACUGCGUCAAUCGAAGGGACAUCUGGUUGACCAGUAAGUGUUCCGAUAAUGAGAAUUACGCACAUGUUCCUCAGAAGGUGUCGCCUUUAUCCCCCUGCGAUGUCCACAACAAACAGCUUUGAAACUGAUAAUUAGUGAUGCGUCAAUUGGCUGAUUGUUUAAAGACGUUGUUGCAUCUUCGUAUCGGAUGCUCGUGGACUGAGCCAACAUGUGGGCAAUGGUGUACGGGGAUCCAGAUUUGUAUAGGAAGAUGUCAUGGUUCUUCGAACGAAAGUCGCAACUAUUUGCUAGUCGACUAGACCAACGGUGGCUCCCGAGCCGCAUGCGGCUCUUCUGUGUUCACAUUGCGGCUCUUCUGUGUUCACAUUGCGGCUCUUCUGUGUUCACAUUGCGGCUCUUCUGUGUUCACAUUGCGGCUCUUCUGUGUUCACAUUGCGGCUCUUCUGUGUUCACAUUGCGGCUCUUCUGUGUUCACAUUGCGGCUCUUCUGUGUUCACAUUGCGGCUCUUCUGUGUUCACAUUGCGGCUCUUCUGUGUUCACAUUGCGGCUCUUCUGUGUUCACAUUGUGGCUCUUCUGUGUUCACAUUGUGGCUCUUCUGUGUUCACAUUGCGGCUCUUCUGUGUUCACAUUGUGGCUCUUCUGUGUUCACAUUGCGGCUCGCGAACAAGUUAUGAAAUUAAAACUUUUUUUUUAAAAUAUAUAACAUCAAAAAUAAAUGAAAGUUUAAAAAAAAAAUCUUGACUGAAACAAAGGGUUGAACAUAAUUUGGGAUUGAUUUAAAUUUUAAAAGUUGAAGAGAGACUCUAGAAGAUCAAGUUUCAUUAUCCGGUAUAUUCAAUUUUUCUAUUCUAUUGGUCAGGUCUAUAAUCUUUGUGCUCCACACUUUUUCAUAAUUACUUGAUCCACUCCGUUGGUGAGAUGGUCGUUGGUGAGAUGGUCGUUGGUGAGAUGGUCGUUGGUGAGACGGUCGUUGGUGAGAUGGUCGUUGAUGAGAUGGCCGUUGGUGAGAUGGUCGUUGGUGAGAUGGUCGUUGGUGAAAUGGUCGUUGGUGAGAUGGUCGUUGGUGAGAUGGUCGUUGGUGAGAUGGUCGUUGGUGAGAUGGUCGUUGGUGAGAUGGUCGUUGGUGAGAUGGUCGUUGGUGAGAUGGUCGUUGGUGAGAUGGUCGUUGGUGAGAUGGUCGUUGAUGAGAUGGUCGUUGAUGAGAUGGUCGUUGGUGAGAUGGCCGUUGGUGAAAUGUCCCAUUCUCAAGUCAUUAUUGCUGCAAUGGUUAUGCGUGUUGCUGUAUGUAUCGCAGGGCCCAAGUUUAUUUCUUAAAACCGCUAUUAAAUUAUCACUCUUAUUUUUUCACACGCCUGCUUCAGCAGCAUAAAUACGUUCUUUUUAAUGCUGCGACAAUGUUUCAAUUCGAUACUUUUUUAAUGACAUGAGUGGGACGCCAAGAAAUGUUGUUGUUUUUCCCUUUAAAUACAAAGGCGCUUUGACGUAAUUUUAAAAAAAAAAAUAAACUGCUUACGAGGCCAUAAAAGUAUAACAUAUCUUUUAAGAAGAAGAGCUCUCAUUUAGAAAUAUUGAACACUCCAGGCCCAUUAAAUGCAAGGCUUCGGACGUCUGAAGUUUAAUCGUCUGCAUCGUGUGCUUGGCAAGACGUGCUCAACUCUGUUUGUGUCCCCGAGACAGAGAUGUUUGACAUGGUGAGAUGGUUGACAUGGUGAGAUGUUUGAUGAUCUAAGGUGUCCGAUAGUGGAAAGGUCAGUUUGUACCGACCAUAUCGGUGGGGCAUGCUGCGCUGUCAUCAAAGAUUAAUGUUGACUGAUCACAUCUGAAGAUAAUUUUAACCGGUAACACCUGAAGGUAAUGUUGACUGAUCACAUCUGAAGAUAAUUUUAACCGAUAACACCUGAAGGUGAUGUUGACUGAUCAUAUCUGAAGAUAAUUUUAACCGGUAACACCUGAAGGUAAUGUGGACUGUCUCAUCUGAAGAUAAUUUUAACCGGUAACACCUGAAGGUAAUGUUGACUGAUCACAUCUGAAGAUAAUUUUAACCGGUAACACCUGAAGGUAAUGUUGACUGUCUCAUCUGAAGAUAAUUUCAACCGGUAACACCUGAAGGUAAUGUUGACUGAUCACAUCUGAAGAUAAUUUUAACCGGUAACACCUGAAGGUAAUGUUCACUGUCUCAUAUGAAGAUAACUUUAACCGGUAACACCUGAAGGUAAUGUUGACUGUCUCAUCUGAAGAUCAAGUGUCUGUAGUCACAUCUGACGAUAAUGUUGACUGUGGUCACAUAUGAAUAAUUUUGACUUCCCUCAUUUAUAUUAAGUGUGUGUAAUACAGUGUCAAACUUUGCAAAUGAUACGAAGAAAUGUGCAUAGGGCGGAGGAUAACCCGAAGACGGACAAUAUCCAUUUCCUGCCAACUACAUAAUAUCUACAAGCUGAGUUUGUCUGUCUCUGUAGUUUGUCUGUCUCUGUAGUUUGUCUGUCCCUGUAGUUUGUCUGUCUCUGUAGUUUGUCUAUUCCUGUAGUUUGUCUGUCUCUGUAGUAUGUCUAUCUCUGUAGUUUAUCUGUCUCUGUAGUUUGUCUGUCUGUGUAGUUUGUCUGUCUGUGUAGUUUGUCUCUGUAGGUUGUCUGUCUCUGUAGUUUAUCUCUGUAGUUUGUCUGUCUCUGCAGUUUGUCUGUCUCUGUAGUUUGUCUGUCUCUGUAAUUUGUCUGUCUCUGUAGUUUGUCUGUCUCUGUAGUUUAUCUGUCUCUGUAGUUUGUCUGUCUCUGUAGUUUGUCUGUCCCUGUAGUUUGUCUGUCUCUGUAGUUUGUUUGUCCCUGUAGUUUGUCUGUCUCUGUAGUUUGUCUGUCUCUGUAGUUUGUCUGACUCUGUAGUUUGUCUGUCUGUGUAGUUUGUCUCUGUAGUUUGUCUGUCUCUGUAGUUUGUCUGUCUGUGUAGUUUGUCUCUGUAGUUUGUCUCUGUAGUUUGCCUGUCUGUGUAGUUUGUCUCUGUAGUUUGUCUGUCUAUGUAGUUUGUCUGUCUCUGUAGUUUGUCUGUCUCUGUAGUUUGUCUGUGUAGUUUGUCUCUGCAGUUUUCAUUUCGAAGGCGACCUGCCCGACACUCCCACGAUGUAUUGUCAUUCCUCAAGUUUUUUUCUCUACCUGAAAAUAUCUCUUAUUGCUUCAACGUGAAGGCAUUUCUCCCCGAAAUUUCUCAAAUAAUGAUGGUUUUCUCUACGUCAUCUCAAAUAAAUUUUUAUCCGUUUCUUAAUUAUUGGGUUUUUUUUUUUUAAAUCAGAAAGCUUUUUCUACCAGAUCAUUUUGCCAACCCCACCGGAGUUUAUUUUAGUAGGAUACCCUAUCUUUUAAUGAACAGAUUUAUAUUUCCUAUCCCCAUACACGUUUUUCAGGGAAGCUUUAACCGCACCAGUUAAUGCACGGCCGUUUCGUUUCAAAAGCGCGCGCAAUAAGAGAUUACUUAAUGGUGCGCCACACAUUCCAAGGACAUCAUUUCCUACACGUGUUGGUCUAUAAUUAGAACUAAAGGACACAAGCUUUGAAGGAUGUCGAGUUGAGUCCCUUAGAAGAGCUAUGUUUAAAGUUUCCCUUCAAGAAGGAAACAAAAAUAGUUUUUAAAUAUACCAGCCUCUUGUUUCAUCAAGAUUUUUAGUCGUUUUUUUUAAAAGAUGAAAUCUGAAAUAUCCACGUUAGGUUACGGUGGCUGCUGCGUACGACGGGGAAUAGUAUUAUCUGUGACGUAAUGGUCGUAAAAUGUCUAAUGUUCAAAAACGGUUGUGCACACUAUUUGAAUUCAGAAGCGUAUUAAUAUUUAAUGUCACCAUGGUAAAGAAAAAAAAUCAAAGUUUAUAACACAAUGAGAUUGAAAUGCUUCUGUCAGCUGGAAUGAGUCAUGCUGGGCUAAUGUUCUGGACAAUGAGUCGUGUUUGGCUAAUGUUCCGGACAAUGAGUCGUGUUUGGCUAAUGUUCCGGACAAUGAGUCGUGUUUGGCUAAUGUUCCGGACAAUGAGUCGUGUUUGGCUAAUGUUCCGGACAAUGAGUUGUGUUUGGCUAAUGUUCCGGACAAUGAGUCGUGUUUGGCUAAUGUUCCGGACAAUGAGUCGUGUUUGGCUAAUGUUCCGGACAAUGAGUCGUGUUUGGCUAAUGUUCCGGACAAUGAGUCGUGUUUGGCUAAUGUUCCGGACAAUGAGUUGUGUUUGGUUAAUGUUCCGGACAAUGAGUUGUGUUUGGUUAAUGUUCCGGACAAUGAGUUGUGUGAACAUUUUACAACGCCGGGUGUAAACGCUAGCGGGAGUAUGUGACCCGACAUACCGAUAGUAGCGAGAGUAUGUGACUCAGACAUACCAAUAGUAGCAAGAGUAUGUGACUCAGACCCCCGGGCCAGGCUGCGACGAGACCACGACAGGCCGUUCCGGCUCAUACCAACAUGUACACAGUAAAGGAACUGCUCAUUCCUGCCAAAGACAAUCAGGGACUGCAAGAAGCUUCCAAAAAAGGAACAGCUGAGGUGACAAACACUUGAAACAUUCGCGUGUAUGGGCUCCUGCCUUCCAACCCCCAGUUCCUGAUGCCAUUGGUGAGUAGCCACCCUUGCAACCGGUGAAGUAUCUUCUUCAAAACCAGGCACAGAAACAUCGCGAAUCCCCUAUACAAACAUAGGAGCCAGAGUGAUCAAUACAUUGAUCGUGGGGCCUCAAAAAUAUAGAAAAAGAGAAGAAAUAAAGUUGUAGGAUUUAAUAAUAUGAUAUUAAAGCUAAAGCUCCAACACCCAUUGGUUGAAAGUUGUAUAGUCUAGUACAACAAAUCUAUGUCUCCUAAGUGAAGAUGAGGACGGUUGAACGGGAAGGUAAAUACGCCGGUACACCACAGAACCGAGGACACGAGAUACUUAACCUCGACCUGCCGCUCCAGGGGAAAGCAGCCGAUGAAUUAUGCAUGGCUCAACAAUCCUCUGUCAACACAGGGUUAAGUUGUUUGUCCCGUGAUGCCGUUGCUAGGGAAGCUCUGUCCGCCAUUGUGGCCGAAACAGUUAGGCCAGAAUUAACUUCUCUGAAGACAUUUAUUUUUUUUAUUUAAAAAAAUUAUUUUCUAAAAGUCGUUUCCAGCAGACAGACAGCAACAGCCGCAGCAGCACCAACAGCAACAAUGACGACAACGGCAAGAUUUGGCGUAGGUAUGGGUUAUGGGACUGGUUAGGGUGUAACAUCUUAGGCAGGGCCGGCCUUAGGCCAAUGCAACCUGUGCGGCCGCAGUGGGCCCCGCACUUUCAGAGGCCCCGCAAUAAUUCUAGGGGUAAAUUAUUAAAUUAAACCAUUAUAAUUUAUAAUCAUGUCUAGGUCAGCUUGUUCAUUCUGUUUUUAUGUUGUUACAGUGUUUUUAAAUCGAUUACGUCGUUGUUUCAAGUGAUGACGACAAGUGAAUAAAAUUUAGCUGCUCGGGUGCUUUAUCUCCCACUUGGUCAUUGAGGGGAACGUGGGGGUGAGAGGAAACAGACACCGUCCUUGACCAUUUACAGUCCAAGCCUUGAGGGGAACGUGGGGUAAGAUGAAACAGACACCGUCCUUGACCAUUUACAGUCCAAGCCGUGAGGGGAACGUGGGGUAAGAGGAAACAGACACCGUCCUUGACCAUUUACAGUCCAAGCCUUGAGGGGAACGUGGGGUAAGAGGAAACAGACACCGUCCUUAACCAUUUACAGUCCAAGCCUUGAGGGGAACGUGGGGUAAGAUGAAACAGACACCGUCCUUGACCAUUUACAGUCCAAGCCUUGAGGGGAACGUGGGGUAAGAGGAAACAGACACCGUCCUUAACCAUUUACAGUCCAAGCCUUGAGGGGAACGUGGGGAAAGAUGAAACAGACACCGUCCUUGACCAUUUACAGUCCAAGCCUUGAGGGGAACGUGGGGUAAGAUGAAACAGACACCGUCCUUAUCAAUUUACAGUCCAAGCCUUUAGGGAACGUGGGGUAAGAUGAAACAGACACCGUCCUUGACCAUUUACAGUCCAAGCCUGUUCAGCCUUGUCUACUCCCAGCGAGCCUCGAGCAUUGGCGUCAUCAACAGACCAGUCAGCAGAUAUAUGUGGGCGAGAAUUAGCAGAUGGAAUGGAAUCUUUAAGGCAUAUUCUACCAAAUACCGCCAAAACCCUGGUAGAAAUUGUUGGCUUAUCUGUCCACUAAUGACAGAUACACUGCCUUCCCAAACUACUUUGUUGCACUCAGAAUAUUUGUAACAAUCCCCGUAACUGUGGCAUCUGAUGAAAGGAGCUUCUCGCGCCUCAAACUAAUCAAGAAUUGCUUGAGGUCAACAAUUCACGAAGAUAGAUUGAACAAUUUGGAAAUUCUUACUAUUGAGCGUGAUCUAUGUAGGAAACAGCAUUUUGAUGAGAUACUGUAUGACUUGGCUACACGCACGGCUCGUUAAGUAAAGUUAAUUUGAUCGUGAUUUUGUACUGUGUAAAGAAUGAAUAAAAUGCAAAGACGAAUUUAUUUUCUAAUACAAAAUCUUAAUUUUCACUUAUUAUCCUAAUCCCUACCCAGACUGGGCCCCGCGCAAUCCGUUUCGCAUAGGUCAAUCUUUCUUUAGGCGUGUUAUAUUUCUGUAGUGUGUUAUUUGAGAUUGUCGAGCCCAGCGGUCAAUCUUUCUUUAGGCGUGUUAUAUUUCUGUAGUGUGUUAUUUGAGAUUGUCGAGCCCAGCGGUCAAUCUUUCUUUAGGCGUGUUAUAUUUCUGUAGUGUGUUAUUUGAGAUUGUCGAGCCCAGCGGUCAAUCUUUCUUUAGGCGUGUUAUAUUUCUGUAGUGUGUUAUUUGAGAUUGUCGAGCCCAGCGGUCAAUCUUUCUUUAGUCGUGUUAUAUUUCUGUAGUGUGUUAUUUGAGAUUGUCGAGCCCAGCGGUCAAUCUUUCUUUAGGCGUGUUAUAUUUCUGCAGUGUGUUAUUUGAGAUUGUCGAGCCCAGCGGUCAGAAGAAGCUGUGGUUCCACGCUGGGGUGUGUCGAGAACGGUCGAGGGGUAUGGGGUGGGCAACUGUUUAUGGGGGUAACAAAAGGUUUUAAAUACUAUCUUUGGAAAUAUUUCGCGAAAAUACAUUUGAAAUGUUAAAGCACGAGAGUGAGUGGGUUCAUUUUUAUGUGGAUAACAAUAUCUAAAACAAACACAAUCGAUUUACGGGCUUGGAAUAUAAUCUUACAAAAUUAGAUACAUAAUAAUAUUUUUUGUUUGUAAUUUUCCCGAUUAUACAAUUCAGGGUCGGGAACAAAUAUGGGGGUUUAAGAUUUUUUUUAAAUAUUAGAACCCCCCGCCCCCACCCCCACCCCCCCACCCCCUUUCCACAGACACACAUUUUGAGCAAAAUACAGCUUAGGGCCAAAAGGAAAGUUCAUGAACCUGAGAAGUGAUCUUACAAACACAAGAUUUUUAGACAUGAACAUUGGCAAUGAGAUGCGGCCUUAAGUACAAGAGUUCUGUUUUGAAAUAUGUUCCGUUUAUUUAUUUAGGUUAAGUAAAUGUUUCAUGAAGAUACCAAUAUAUUCGUAUCCGGAAAUUUGUUUGAAAGAAAUUUCGUCGACGGAAAAUUGAUAGACGGAAAUUUGAUGGAAUCAUUUUUUUUUUUUAAGUUCACUCGUUAAAAUUUUGAGUUAAAUAUCUUUUUAAACGCAUUAUUUUGUUUUACUAAACACUGGGUGAUCUUUUCUAGUUAUUUAAGAAAUAACUGCGUGAAAUAAUAAACCUAAUUUUCGAAAAAUCUACUUUUUUUUAUGUCUAAAACGAUUAUUAGGGUAGAGGUUCUUAAACGUAUUUAAAUUCCCCUACCCCUCUAGUCUUAUAUGCUCUGUAUACAUUAGAAACUGGGUUUCCAAACCAUGAGCUGAGAUCCCAUUUGGAGUUCUGUGGAGGUCGACGACCCUAAGAGUGAACUUAUAAAACAAAGAAUGUUCCAGAAAUGUUUCGAUGUCUUAGUCAAGUUGGGAUACUUUCAUAACACUGCAUUUAUUUUCAAUGCUUUUUUUCUAUAACCGUACUAUAUAUAUAUAUAUAUAUAUAUAUAUAUAUAUAUAUAUAUAUAUAUAUAUAUUCUAUGUUUUUUUUAUAUAACCGUACUAUAUAUAUAUAUAUAUAUAUAUAUAUAUAUAUAUAUAUAUAUAUAUAUAUAUUUUAAAAUGUUUUGAGGUUCGAGUGUCAAUUUGCUUCUAUUAAAUGGGGGUCAUGACUCAUACCCCAAGCUGGGAACCUCUGAGAUUUGUAUAUUUUUUAAAUGUUUUACAAAAUUCGUCCUCUAUUUUAAGCCAUUGUCAGAUUGUUUAAUUAUAGUUUUUAACAUAAUAGCGAACUUCUAUUGUUUGGAUGUUGUUGAAAUAUAGCAAUUACUUUUUUUAAAAGGCAAUUCUCAAUAAAUCGUCAUGUCAGGUGAAUGUCAUGAAUACUGAGAAAUAAAACCCGGGUUAACGAAAUUAUUUAAACAGAGAUUGUCCUCCCCAUCGCACAAUAAUUUUUAUAACACUGGGAAUAACACUCAUAUUCAAUACCUAUUAACAUUGGAUGGAGCGAGUUGUGGCCCUCUUCGAUCAGAGCCACAGAAAGAAUGAGACAGCAGACAGAACAGGAGUUGUCUCACUUCGAUCAGAGCCACAGAAAGAAUGAGACAGCAGACAGAACAGGAGUUGUCUCACUUCGAUCAGAGCCACAGAAAGAAUGAGACAGCAGACAGAACAGGAGUUGUCUCACUUCGAUCAGAGCCACAGAAAGAAUGAGACAGCAGACAGAACAGGAGUUGUCUCACUUCGAUCAGAGCCACAGAAAGAAUGAGACAGCAGACAGAACAGGAGUUGUCUCACUUCGAUCAGAGCCACAGAAAGAAUGAGACAGCAGACAGAACAGGAGUUGUCUCACUUCGAUCAGAGCGACAGAACGGUAGACAGAACAUACGAUGGCUGAUCAAAACGUAACAAUCUGUGCUGUCCACUGUGACACACCCUCUGAAUAUCCUUCAAGCCAGACCUACAAAACGCGGGCCCCCUGUUGGCAGGACUUGCUGCGUGACCCAAGGCUGGAAUAGUACAUUUUUUGGGGCCUAUGCUUUUUUUGUUUUUCUGGCACUGUUUCAUUAUUACAAGCAGAAGCGUAGCUAGUGUGUUCGGAGCCCGGGGAGACAAGAUUCAUAUUGACGCCCUAAUAUUUUCAUAAAUAAAAAUACCACCAAAGCCCAUUUUGGAACUGGAACACGCAUCUAUUAUGGAGCCCAUUAGAGCCCGGGGAAUCUCUCCCCUCUUAAUCAGGCCUUCAAUUUGUAUGAAUUUUAACUACUAUAAUAAUAUUAUAUGAGUCCCCCAUGACUUCAUACACCAUAUGUAUCAAAUAUUUUAAUCAACGCAUUUAAACUUUGAUUACUGUUAUUGUAUAUCUAUCUUUUUGUCAUUUUCAGAUUGUAAGAAGUAAAAAAAGCCGAGCCACCUCUUCGCCCCACGCUCUACAAUGACGUCAUCUCAUGUCACGUGUGCUAUCGUUUUAGUAACAAUUUUAUCCGCGUGCACGUGUCCGUCCUUAACCUUUGACCUGGAAGAACAGCUAGACGACACUCGCGACAAGGAAAGACGCGCGUACAUCCCUGCAGAACUCACGCAGGACACGAUACUGGACGUCCUUAAGGCGCAUGCGCUGACGCUCCAGCAACUGGAAUCUGCCAUCAGCGAUCAAAAAAGGACUUCCGCCGCGGGCGCCUUCCCGGCAAGGCCGGGCGGGGACUUCCCCAUGAGGGGGAUGAAGCGAAAGAUGUUCUGGCAGCCGCUCGGAUACCUCCCCGCGUCUGCACGAGCCCAGAACAUCAGUCCGGGGCAGCCGAAACCCGACAAUCAGGAGACUGGAUCCAACGUCUUUCGUUAUGGCUAAAAAACAACGACCCAUGUUUGUCGUGUUAUAGGCUUAAGUGUUUAGAGAAGGUGAAAUUUGCAUGACAUAAUAUACACAAAAUUAUAAGAGCAUAAGCCUAACACCAGGUGAAUACAAUUAAUAAGUCAAAUAAUACAUAGAAAUAGCAAGGGCUUAACACUAAAAUUAUACGUAGAACUGGCAAGGGGUUAGCACUAAAAUUAUACGUAGAAAUGGCAAUGGGUUACCAUUAAAAUUAUAUGUAGAUGUAGCAAGGGGUUAACAUUAAAAUUAUACGUAGAAGUAGCAAGGGGUUAACAUUAAAAUUAUACGUAGAAAUGGCAAAGGGUUAACAUUAAAAUUAUACGUUAAGUAGCAUGGGGUUAACAUUAAAAUUAUACGUAGAAGUAGCAAGGAGUUAACAUUAAAAUUAUACGUAGAAGUAGCAAGGGGUUAACAUUAAAAUGAUACGUAGAAAUGGCAAAGGGUUAACAUUAAAAUUAUACGUUAAGUAGCAUGGGGUUAACAUUAAAAUUAUACGUAGAAAUGGCAAAGGGUUAACAUUAAAAUUAUACGUUAAGUAGCAUGGGGUUAACAUUAAAAUUAUACGUAGAAGUAGCAAGGAGUUAACAUUAAAAUUAUACGUAGAAGUAGCAAGGGGUUAACAUUAAAAUGAUACGUAGAAAUGGCAAAGGGUUAACAUUAAAAUUAUACGUUAAGUAGCAUGGGGUUAACAUUAAAAUUAUACGUAGAAAUGGCAAAGGGUUAACAUUAAAAUUAUACGUAGAAAUGACAAUGGGUUAGCAUUAAAAUUAUACGUAGAAAUGGCAAUGGGUUAACAUUAAAAUUAUACGUAGAAGUAGCAAGGGGUUAACACUAAAAAAAAUAAUAAAAUCUACUAACCUUUUUUUUUUUUUUUCAUUUUUGAAUUCGCUAAGUUAAAGAGACGCAACAGAAAAUAUUCUGUCGGAAAAGAAAGACACCCUGAAUAAGAUACGCGUAUUACAAGACAGUUUUGCAUUUAAGACAGACUCUAAAAAUAAGAGAGUUUCGCAGUAGAGGACAGAUUCUCAAGAUGACAUAAUUUUAUAGUGUAAGACAGAUUCUUACGAUGGGACGGCUCAAGAGGGCUAUCGUUUUUUUUAAAUCCAUGGGACUCGACGAUGAUUUAAGUAUCAUUUUAGUUUUUACGACAAAUUAAGAACCAAGAAACAACCAAAGAAAUAUUUCUCUCCUUUUAGAAAUGUUGUUGUUGUUUUCUCCCCUUCAAAUUAAGCAAUCUCAAGAAUUCUAUUUGAUCGAAAUUUAAAAUUAAAAAAAACUCAUUAUCCAAUACCAAUUAAAAACAUGUAAAAUC